CCCCCAAUUGCAUAAACCCUAAAAAGAGACCGUAGCAACCAACAACGAAGAAACGAAGAAAAAAGCAAAGAUGAGACCUUUGGACGAGACAGAAAUGAGUGCAGUGAUGGAAAAGCUAUACAAAUUCGUCGGAAACAACCUCAAAAACCUAAUUGAAAAUCCCUCACACGAAGGACCAGAUUCAAUUCCUGGUCGCUACUGUUUCCGUAUGAACAAGAACAAAAUCUACUACUGUAGUGAAUCUCUCGUUAAACGAGCCACCAAUAUUGCUAGACCUAACCUUGUUUCACUCGGAACCUGUAUCGGAAAAUACACUCACGGUGGAAACUUCCAUCUGACAGUUCAAGCAUUGAAUUUGCUAGCUGCAAAUGCAAAACAUAAGGUAUGGCUUAAACCACAAUCUGAGAUGUCGUUUUUGUAUGGUAAUCAUGUGUUGAAGAGUGCAUUGGGUAGGAUUACUGAAACCAUUGCUGCUGGUGAUGGGGUUGUUGUUUUUUCUAUGUCUGAUGUGCCUUUGGGUUUUGGGAUAGCUGCUAAGUCUACACAGGAUUGUAGGAAGUUGGAUCCUAAUGGGAUUGUGGUGUUGCAUCAGGGUGAUAUAGGUGAGUAUUUGAGGAUGGAGGAUGAGCUUUGAAAUGGUUUAAAGUUUGGGUUUUUAUGAAUUUUGAUUUGUGGGUUAUUGUUGUAUUGGUAGAUCUUUCUCUUUAUGUAAGUGGGUCUUAUGUUCUUAACAUGGAUCAUUGUAAAAUUGAUUCUCAGUUAUUUUGGAAUGUUAUGAAGUUUUGUUUUAAUUUUAAGUAUUAUAAUGACUAUGGUUAUUAUAUUUUCACUCA